AUGGUUGACAUGCCCCUCGACGUAGUCGCUGACGACGACGUCGACUUGUUUGACGAGGAUCCACUUGAGGAUGAUUUUGAGGGCGAGGCCCACAUUGCUGCUGGUGACUUCCUACUUCUUGCUGAUGCUCCUGCUGAGGAGGCACCCAUCCAUUCACCUGUCCCAGACUCCUUUGAGUCUGUGGCAUCUGCACCAUCACAUGCGCAGGGAGUGCAGCAUCAUUCGUACGACACGGACCCUGAUAUGGCAUCAUCCGCUGCACCUGCCCCUGCCCCUAGUUUUGAGUUUGGUCAUGACAUUGAUGACGAUUCGGAUCCUAUUUUCCCACCAGGUUUUGAUCCAGAUCAUGACAUCGAGUUUAUUCAUUUAGAUCAGCCAAUGGAGGAUCCCGUAGCCCCGUCUGAUGCAGAUGACAUGCCUUCAUCCGGCACUGGAGAGUCGGACACCACAGAACCCAUGCCUAUCGUAUCGGACGACAUGGUCUCAUCAGAGCACGGGGUGUAUACCUUAGACACUACCAGCACAGACGACUAUGAUUUCCAGCCAUUUGCGCUGCCCGAUGUCGUUGCUGAGCCCGCUGAUGGCCCUAUCGCCGGGGACUUGCCACUCGUGGUGAUCCCUGCUCAUGUACCUCUUGCAGCUUAUCCUAUGGUGGACAUGCCCCUCGACGUAGUCGCUGACGACGACGUCGACUUGUUUGACGAGGAUCCACUUGAGGAUGAUUUUGAGGGCGAGGCCCACAUUGCUGCUGGUGACUUCCUACUUCUUGCUGAUGCUCCUGCUGAGGAGGCACCCAUCCAUUCACCUGUCCCAGACUCCUUUGAGUCUGUGGCAUCUGCACCAUCACAUGCGCAGGGAGUGCAGCAUCAUUCGUACGACACGGACCCUGAUAUGGCAUCAUCCGCUGCACCUGCCCCUGCCCCUAGUUUUGAGUUUGGUCAUGACAUUGAUGACGAUUCGGAUCCUAUUUUCCCACCAGGUUUUGAUCCAGAUCAUGACAUCGAGUUUAUUCAUUUAGAUCAGCCAAUGGAGGAUCCCGUAGCCCCUGUUGACCCUAUGUUUGCUGAUCCCGCUGAUUUCGAAAUGGAGUUUGAUGAUCUGGAGCCUGCUGUGGCCCCUGAGCCAGUUGAUGCUCCUGAUGAUCAUGCUAUUGAUGCUCCUCAUAUCGCUGAUAUUCCUGCUGAUCCUCUUGUUGCCCCUCUUCCUGACCCAGUGCCUGUGGAGCCCGAUCAUGCACCCUUUGCGACCCAUGUUGACCCUCGAUACGUGCACACCCGAAAUGGGUGGAUAGACGAUGAUGAUGACUACCCGCCUUUUGUGGUACCUGUUACACCUGCUUCAGUACCUGCUUCAGUUCCUAUUGAUGCACCAUUAUUACCCACACUUACCGCUGAUGCUCACCACACCGACUUGCCUAUUACAUUUCUCUAG